AUGGCUAAGUUCGACAAGCCUGCUCCAGAGAUUGAAGGCCAUGUGGCUGUCAGUGGACUAAGUCCUUCGAUCGCAUGUUCCCUAGAUACGGGCGAUCGAGGACUUAUGUCUGCUAUCGUGGAACGCUGGCAUAAGGAAACUAGUAGUUUAUAUUUGCCCGUAAUAAAGGUGACUAUCAUCUUGGAUGACGUGGCGUCGUUGUUGCAUUUGUCGAUCAUAGAGGCAUUCCAUAGCUUCAAGACGCUUCAUGUCGAUGAUGUUGUCUAUAUGUUGGUAGAAUUACUUGAGGUCAACGAUGUAAAGUGUUGGAUCUAUGAGUAUUUCCCAUCUAUUGGUUUUGCCAUAGCUGUCGAGGAUUAUGACGAGCGUAGACCGUGUGCAUGCCGAUGGACCUCUGGCAAGGUGUUACCCGUGUGGACGUAUCGUAGGCAUCUAGACAUGCUGACCCCUGAUGUUGUGUGUUGGAUUACAUAUGGUGACCACCGUUCAUUUAGAAAAUUUGAUGUCAUCUCCUUAUUUCCCGACCAUCUCAGAUGGAGGCCCUUGACGGUCAUUCAUCGACCGAAGAGGGUUGUACGAUAG